GAGCUGAUUCCUUCUGGUUUCCUACGCGAGAGUGUUGCUGAGCUGCGGCGGCAGGUCGAUUUCUAGGGCAAAAUCUCCGCCGAGUUUUUGAGGCGCUAGCUACGGCGAGAGCAGGUCGACGAAGGAUUCUCUCGGGUUGCUGAGAUCGAGAUGGCGGGGCGCAAGGAGACCGCGCUUGACCUAGCCAAGUUCGUCGACAAGGGCGUCCAGGUCAAGCUCACCGGCGGCCGCCAAGUUACUGGAACUUUGAAGGGCUAUGACCAGUUGCUGAACCUAGUGCUGGAUGAAGCAGUUGAGUCUGAAAGAGAGCAAGAUGACCCAUUGAAACUGACAACGAAGACCAGACAACUUGGUCUCAUAGUGUGUAGAGGUACUGCAGUCAUGCUGGUGUCACCAACUGAUGGAACUGAUGAGAUUGCCAACCCUUUUCUUGCAGCCGAUGGAGCAUCAUAAGCUUUGUAAUGUCGAUUAGUUCAGAACUGUGUUACCGAAGCUUGUUCUGAAGGAGCUUCUGUUCUGUUGGAAAAACUAACAGUUGAACUUUGUAAUUGUAUCGAGCCACUUAAAACAUCGUUUCUCUGAGAAACCAUGUAUGCUUGUACCC